ACGUCAAUUUUUGACACUUCUCGGUUGAAGCGCGCGGCGGGUGGUCAAACGCCUGGUGUAACAACGUGGUGUCUUAUAUCCUGUGAUAAACAUUCCUAAAUCCAAAAUGAAGGGGGACAAGAACGUAGACGUCCAGGCUCUUAAGGACAUCGCCAACAAGCUCAGAAUCGACAGCAUAGUCGCCACAAAUGCGUCUAAGUCCGGACAUCCGACAUCAUGCGCUUCAAUGGCAGAAAUCAUGUCUGUCCUGUUCUUCCACACCAUGCGCUACAAGAUCUCCGCGCCCAGGGACCCCUCCGCCGACCGCUUCAUUCUUUCCAAGGGUCACGCCGCUCCCAUCCUAUACGCCGCGUGGGCUGAGGCCGGCCUCUUCCCCGUGGAGGACCUCAAGAACCUCCGCAAGAUCGACAACGACCUCGAGGGCCACCCCACGCCCCGCCUCAACUUCGUGGACGUGGGCACUGGCUCGCUCGGCCAGGGCCUGGCCGUGGCCGCCGGCAUGGCCUACGUGGGGAAGUACUUCGACCAGACGCCCUACAGGGUGUACUGCCUGGUGGGAGACGGCGAGGCCGCUGAGGGCAGCAUCUGGGAGUCGCUGCACUUCGCCAGCCACUACAAGCUAGACAACCUGGUGGUCAUCUUCGACGUCAAUCGACUCGGCCAGUCGGAACCCACCUCGCUGCAGCAUCACGUGGAAGUAUACGACGCUCGGCUGAAGUCGUUCGGCUUCCACUCGCUAGUUGUCGACGGGCACGACGUGACCGAGCUGGUGAAGGCCUUCGACGAGGCCGCGACCGUCUCCGGCAAGCCCACGGCGCUCGUCGCCAAGACCUUCAAGGGCAAGGGCUUCCCCGGCAUCGAGGAUCUCGAGAACUGGCAUGGAAAGGCUCUUGGCGCUGAUGGCGAGAAGGUCAUCAAGCACCUGCAGUCGCAGAUCAAGAACAACACAAUCUCGCUGAAGCCCAAGGCGCCGCUAGCGGAGGCGCCGCGCGUCCACAUCGGCGACAUCACGCUGUCGUCUCCGCCCGCGUACAAACAGGGCGAGCAGGUCGCCACCCGCCUCGCUUAUGGCACCGCGCUCAAGAAGAUCGCCGACACCAACCUGAGAGUAAUUGCUCUCGACGGUGACACUAAGAACUCGACCUUCAGUGACAAACUUCGCAACGCGUACCCUGAGAGAUACAUCGAGUGCUUCAUCGCGGAGCAGAACCUGGUGGGCGUGGCCACCGGUGCCGCCUGCCGCGACCGCACCGUCGCUUUCGUCUCCACUUUCGCUGCCUUCUUCACCAGGACCUUCGACCAGAUCCGCAUGGGCGCCAUCAGCCAGAGCAACAUCAACCUGGUGGGCUCGCACUGCGGCGUCAGCAUCGGCGAGGACGGGCCCUCGCAGAUGGGGCUCGAGGACCUGGCGCUGUUCCGCGCCGUGCCAACCGCCACCGUCUUCUACCCCUCUGACGCCGUGUCGACGGAGCGCGCCGUGGAGCUGGCCGCCAACACCAAGGGCAUCUGCUACAUCCGCACCUCCCGCCCCAACACCACCAUGCUCUACCCCAACGACGAGGUCUUCAAGGUCGGACAAGCUAAGGUCGUCCGUCAGUCUCCCAAGGACCAGGUUCUGCUGAUCGGCGCCGGCAUCACGCUGCACGAGUCCGUCGCCGCCGCGGAGGCGCUCAAGGCUGAAGGCAUCAACGCCCGCGUGCUGGACCCGUUUACCAUCAAGCCGCUGGACGAAGCGGCCGUGCUGGACAACGCGCGCGCCUGCGGCGGCCGUAUCGUCGUCGUGGAAGACCACUAUCAAGCCGGAGGCAUUGGGGAAGCGGUGCUGUCGGCGGUGGCGCUGCAGCGCGACGUGGUGGUGAAGCACGUGUUCGUAGCCAAGGUGCCGCGCUCCGGGCCGCCCGCCGCGCUGCUCGACAAGUACGGCAUCUCCGCGCCGCACAUCGCCAGCGCCGCCAAGGCCGUGCUCAAGGCCUAGGCGAGCCCCCCCCCCCC